AUGACUUUGAAUAUCGACAAGCCUGUUACGCGUGUAGCUGUCAUUGGGGCAGGAGCGGCUGGGCUGGCGCAGUUGCAGCAGUUGCAAGAGGCGUGGGAGAGGGGUAAUGUGCAGAGUAAGCUUGAGCUGGUCGCUUUUGAGACGAAAGAAGACGUCGGCGGGGUCUGGCUGUGGGACGGCGCAUCUAAAAACUCUCUGACUGCACGAGUCCCGGGCAAAGACGGAGACCGAGUGUACUCUUACCCACCUGGGACCGAAAACCCUUCGCCGAUGUAUACCGGUCUCCGAACCAAUAUCCCUGCUCCUCUUAUGGCUUAUAGAGGAUUCGAGUUUCCAGAAGGGACGCACCUCUUUCCUGAGAGCAGCGUGGUGCUCAAGUACUUGCAAGAUUUCGCAACAGCAUACAAUCUCCGCCAAUACGUGCGCUUCAACACCCACGUCGAGCGUGUCCAUCUCUCUCCUUCAGGCUCUUCCCGCCGAUGGACUAUCGAGUCUGUUUCUUCCAAGAAUGCAGAGGGGGAGAAGAGGAGGGAAGAGUUUGAUUUCGUGAGCGUUUCGAACGGACAUUAUGCCGAUGGGUGGAUCCCUUCCAUUAACGGUCUUUCUACUUUCCCAGGCGAGAUCGUCCACUCGAGAUACUACCACUCCCCACCCCUCCUCGCCCCCAAAACCAUCCUCAUCGUCGGCUCCUUCGCCUCCGGCGGCGACAUCUCCCGCCUCAUCGCAGGUGGGGCUACGGCGCAUACCCCUGCUUCCGAGAGUGCUUGGGGCAAGUAUUUGAAGCAGAAACCGUUGGUGUCGCAUAUCGACCCUCCAUCCCCCACCCACCCCAAGGGCGUCAUCCACUUCCAACCUCCACCCUCUUCAGAGGACGGUACCCCCGUCCCAGUAUCUGACGAACAAAUCGACGACGUCGACCUGAUCUUGUUCGCUACGGGAUACAAUUUUGCUUAUCCAUUCUUCAAGUCUACCGACCGGCCUUGGGAUGGCAAGAGCGUAGUGGACGGGGUGAUCGGGAAAGAAGAAAGGCAAGGCGGGGAUGAGAGAGAAGUUGGGGGGCUGAAAGGGUUGACGCCAAAAAACCUUGAUGAGCUGCUCAUGUUUCAUAAAGGCGAUCGAUCGCUCGCAUUCCUUGUCCUUCCAUACCAAAUGGUCCCAUUCCCAUUCGCCCAAGUCCAAGCCCGCCUCUCAUCCCUCCUCUGGGCAGGCCUCCUCCCCUCUUUCCCCGCCCAUCCCACCCUCCCGCCAAACGCUUCAAACCCAUACCAACAAGAAGAAGAAUCCCCCGCCCCCGUCCCUGCCUCCAACCCCGACCCCACGGCGUCCGAGACAUCCACCCCAGGAACGUCGAACACGUAUACCACAUCCUCCGCCGAAACGCCCUCAAAGCCGUCAACGCGCAAGAUGAUGCAAGUCCGGCGUCAGCUGCUUUUUGGGGCGCCUUAUGAGUGGGAUUAUUCAGAGUUUUUGAUGGGGAUCAUGGCGGAGGCUGAUGCUGGGGAAGGAGGGGAAGGGAAGAAGGUGGAGGAGCAUUGGAAGAGGAUUGAGCCGUUUAGGAGGGAGUUGAGGGAACAAACUGAUUUGAAGAAGAGGACUUUGGGAUAUUAG